UAACGGGCCGCCUGUGCUUGCACCCUCCCAGUGAUCUGCAGAACGCAGCUGCCGGCUCCUUCGCCUCUGCCUUUGCUGCCCUGGUCCUCUGCCCCACGGAGCUGGUGAAGUGCCGGCUGCAGACCAUGUACGAGAUGGAGACAUCGGGCAAGAUAGCCAAAAGCCAGAACACAGUCUGGUCUGUCGUGAAGACUGUCUUUAGGAAGGACGGCCCCUUGGGCUUCUACCACGGACUCUCAAGUACUUUACUGCGAGAAGUACCAGGCUACUUCUUCUUUUUCGGUGGCUAUGAACUGAGCCGGUCAUUUUUUGCCUCGGGGAGAUCGAAAGACGAAUUAGGCCCUGUCCCUUUGAUGUUAAGUGGUGGAUUUGGUGGAAUCUGCCUGUGGCUUGCUGUUUACCCAGUGGAUUGUAUCAAAUCCAGGAUUCAAGUUCUUUCCAUGUCUGGCAAACAGGCAGGAUUUAUCGGAACCUUUAUAAGCAUCGUGAAAAAUGAAGGAGUACUGGCCUUAUAUUCUGGACUGAAACCUACCUUGAUUCGCGCAUUCCCUGCCAACGGGGCCCUCUUCUUGGCCUAUGAAUACAGCAGGAAGUUGAUGAUGAACCAGUUCGAAGCAUACUGAAGCAUUGCAGCAAACCUCGAUCCAAGUGCAGGCAUUUGAGGACUGCAGUUCAUCUCAGGGUUUCAAAGAGUACAAGACCAAUGUGGAGUUAUUUUGAUUUCAUGCAAAUUAUUUUUUUUUUGUCUUCCAUUCUUCUACCUUAAACUUUAUAGAAGAGCCUCUAUUUUAUAGCAUAUAAUUUCUGCCCAUAAUUGUAUUGAAAUAAAGUUGCUGCUCUUGUCCAUGGUGGGACAUGCAGGGUAGGUGGGCUGCUGGUCUGAGGUUUACCUAAUCUGGAGGGCUGAGUAGAGCUAUAUCAAGGGCUUUUGCAUAAACCUGUAUGUGUCCAUGAAGUUUAGAUGGUUAUGUGUUGUGAGUGAAGCAGUGUAGUUCCAUGUUUCAUCUCAGAGUGCAUUAGGACAAAAAAGCCCUGAGGUAACCAUGUUUCAUGAGGAUGGUUAUAAAUGUGUAAUCCAUUCUAGAUGUAGGGUCUCUUAAAAAAAAAAAAAAAUAUAUAUAUAUAUAUAUAUAUGCUUAGCACGUACACUAUACUAAGUGGGUACAGUUUUUAAAACGUUUUCCUGUGGUGCUUGAAAACUUAAGAUGUCCUUCUAGAUUUUAAAAAGGAGAAUGUACUCACAUACUUUCACGUUCUUGACUGACAUUUCAGAGGAAGCAUAGUGGAUUCUCCUAGGAUGCUCCUCUGUGGGAACAGUGCCAAUCAUCUAACUGGUAGGACCACAUUCCGCGCCCCCAUAGGGCUGGGUGUGGCCCGGAGCCUUUGGGAAGCAGCCCGGGGCGGCUUCUCCUCCCUCCUCGCCCAAGGGACUCCCGUCUGCUGGGCUUGGGCUAGAUGAAGGGGCUGAGGGGACGGCUCGGUGAAGCUGGUGGCUGACAGCGUCCCUGAGCUGCUUUCUGCCUCUGGAUCCUGGCCUGGGUGGGGUUGCAGGGAGUCUGUUGGACUCUCUCUCCGCCUUGGGCCACGCCCUCCUUUGCCUCCGCCAAUCAGAAGCCCUUCCAGGGAGCAGACUGCGGAAGCCGAGAGAGACCCUGGCUCUGCAUCUAACAAUAGGAUGCUCCUGGGCGAAGCGCUGUCCUUUCAGACAUCCUUAGGACUUGCCCUCUUCGUGAGGGGUGUCAGGUGAGCUGGGCUGAAUUUUUGUCUCACGAUCCCUCACUUCUGGUCGGGCUUUUCCAGCAUGAGAGCGUUUUGACUUGGGCCUCUGGCCGUCAUGAAUUUCAGCGACGUGGUCUCUGGGGUGUGACUUGAUCAAUGAAACAAGUCAUUUUAUUAAACUAUGCCGUUUGUCUGCACUACUCACAAACCCUAGUUCAUUGGGUUUCUACAGGCUUGGGAGGGGCAGCUGUUCUCUGUCGUCUGGUGUAAGGGAGCUGCCCCGUCCCGGUCCCAGGACCACCCAGGGCUCUGAUGCUGCUGCUGCUAAGUCACGUCAGUCGUGUCCAACUCUGUGCGACCCCAUAGACGGCAGCCCACCAGGCUCCCCCGUCCCUGGCUCUGAUACAGAGGUCUUAAUCGGCCUGAACAGCUGAGGUGUUGUUAGUAACCGUCCUCAGCUACUCGGCCGUAUAUCUGUCCCUGGGGAAACCUAGUUUCUGCAAGCUUUUGUUCUCCCUGAAGCCUUGAUAGUGACUCUACCCACCUGCCAGAAACUAGGAGGUCAGGAAGGCAGGAUGCUCAGCGUUGUGCCCGACAGGUUCGUGUUAGGCCUGGUCUUCCAUUUGUCUUUUCUUGAAAAGCAUUUUUCUACCUACCUUUUCUCCAUAUUUAAAUGGUCAGUAGUUACUGCGUAGUGCUUCAUCUAGACAGGCCUGGACUGAAGCCAAAAUAGCAAAUGGGACUGGCUCCCCCAGGAAGAGGCUUCCUCCAGAGCCCACUGGCGGUACUCCUUCUCCUGUGUUGUCCUGCAAAGAUGUAACUGAAUUUCUUCAACAGAAACCAUCUGAGGCAAGUUAAGAGUGAAUGGAAGUAAGGAAUGGGAACUUAAGUCAGAACUGUGUUUUUGUUUGUUUUGUUUCAUUCUAUCUGCUUAACUCAUGGUUCAGUAUUUAGGUACAAUUUGUACAAUUUCAGGUGUGUACUCCAGACAAAAAUAUAGUAGCUUGAAAUACUAUGUUUAAAGAAAUUCUUGUGUUCUGUCAUUAAAUUAUUUGCCUAAUAGGUGACUAUAUGAUUUACGUACAUACAUGCAAAGAACCAACUGUCAGGAAUGCUUGAGUCAUGUAUGGUGAUAUUUCAAGGUGGUGGUUUUAUUGCAAUUAGCAUUGUUCUUUGUCAACAAAAUUCUUGAUGUAAAACAACUACUGAUAAAAAUCCAUGUUAUCUAUACACUGCAGUGAUGAUGAAACUUGGCCCACAAAAAUUACUUUCCCUCCACCAGGCUGUGGAUGUGAUGUGAUUGAUUUGCCAGGAUGCCAUGCUGUUUUUUAAAAUAAAUUUCUUGAUACAAGUUUGGAUAGUUCUAUUCCAGGUCAGUAAAUUCUUUUUGGCCACA